GCGCCGAAGGUCCUGCUGAGCCAGGCGGGCGGAGGUCGCACGCACCCGCUGACGCCGGGAGGGCAGGGUCGCAGCCCCGGUGCCGGAGGUUUACCGCGCGAGCCCUAAGGCAGCGUCCCCCAGAGACACGGUCCUGGAGGCGGGGCCCUGGGGACAAGCACGUGUUUGUCCGAAAGCCCCUCGAUUCUCCAGGCAGCCCGGCCGCUGUGCGCUCCAGUAGCCAGAAGGUUGCAACUCGGGGCCUUGGGUCAGAGAACUGCGGCGGGGCUCUGCUAUUUGGGAACCACCAUGAAUAGUGUAGACAGCGAAGAUCUGCUCGCUGAGAAGCCUCCCAGACUCAAGAGCUCAAAAGAAUGGUUGGAACCGCAGCCACUUCCUUUCGUGGAGGCAUUUGCCAGAGAGGAUAUUAAUGCAGCUAUUAAAUCAAUAUUAUAUAGAGAAAAUUACAUAAAUAAGGAAUUAGAAAAGUAUUUACAGCAUCAUGACUUCUUAAAUACAAGAAGAAAAGAGAUGUUAUACAAAAGAUGGGUUGACCAUGUGGCAGGUCCUCUCCAGAAGAAAAUCAUGGAGAAAGUUUGUUCACAUAAGAAGAUUAAAAAAAGGAGACACCAGGAAUUAGAUACCUUCUUAAAAUACGUAAAUAAAAAGGGAAGUGCAUUCAUAGAGCAUUAUGACCCAAAAGAGUACGACCCUUUCUACAGGCACAAAGAGGACCUGGAUUUCCUGAAGGUUAUCAUCCCACCAUUUCGUGACCCUUUGAAAAAGGCACAAUAUGACAAAGAUGAUGAAAAAAGAACUCUUCUUCAGUGUGAGACUGGCAAAAUACAUACAAUGAAAGAAUUUAAAGAGAUUGAGAAGGCCAAACUGUAUUGCAGAUUUCCACAACUUUCUAAUUCAAGGUGCUUUGUGACUCCAAAUGAUUGGCUUAAACUGUCUGCAAGCUACAUAGAAAGUGACUUUUGUAAAAGGAGCAGGUUAAAAGUGAAGAGUAAUUUCAACGCUAGCAGUUUUGAUUUGAAACACGUGACCAAAGCGCCUCAUCUUCCGGGAUCCCAGGAAGGAGAAAAAGCAGUUCUUUGCAAAACCGAAGGGUUAUGCUCUCUGGAAAAAGGACCGCUACAUUCUCAGCAGGGAAAGCGUCCCAGUCCGGAGGAGGCCAAGGCUGAAAGGCCCUCCUUGAGCCUCAGCCUGAAGGCAGAGCGGAGGGAAGACCAGGAUGCGGUUUCGGCAGCCAAGGAGCACACACCCUGACCCUGGACUGGCCAAGAGGACACAGGAAGGUUGCUCUUGGAGGAAGCCACCUGCCAGCAGGCAUCAGGGUGAGGACCACGGGAGGCGCUCAGGGCUGUCCUGGGUCUGAGAAAAGCAUCUGCAAUAAACCUCACUUGACGUUUGAGCUCAGUGUCUGUGUGAGAACUGAGAAACCACCUCCGUGUAUGGACCCUUAUUGGAAAUGUGUUUCCCCAGAGGCUAAGAAGCAUCGCUGAAAGGUGCAAUAGGAAUCAGCAGCUCCCUU